CUUCUCAGUUGCCGUCUGCUGUCAGUUUUUCCUGUGCUGCUGCAGUUUUUGGAGUUUGUACUCUGGAUUUCAUCAUUAAAUCAUCUUUUUAUUAUAUCAACCUGGGUCUACCUGCGUCUUCCUCACCAACAACAUCCUCACCUCACAUACUGUCCUCGUAAAAUCUAGAGAAACUCAUCCAUGCAUGAGGACAAGACAUCCACCAGGUCACCACAAGCUGAUUUCAAGCCAUCCAAUACAUACAAACUACGUCUUAACGCAUAAACGGGAUCGUAAUAAAUUUUGUGCCCGGGAGUGGAUGGCUCAGCAGCAGGAAUGUGAGGCUGGGCUUUGACUCGAGUCAAUCAGAAACGGACCUUAACUGUGCCUGCCGCUGGGUUUCUGCACACCCCUCAUAGCAGUCAUUACUCAAACACGCCAUCACCUCCACGCCUGCAGCAGUAAACAUAUGGAGUACUACUGCUUCCUCUUGCUCUGGAUCUGCAGCCAACAUUUAGGGUUCCAUGACUGCUUCAAUAUUGACACAAAAAAGCCUAGAAUCAUCAAAGGUCCAAAGCAAACCCAAUUUGGAUACACUAUUCAGCAACAUGUUGCUGCAGGAGGAGAAAAAUGGUUAUUAGUGGGUGCGCCGUAUGAAAUGACUGGGUCUCACCAAACAGGGGAUGUAUAUAAAUGCGCGCUGAGCAAGAGAACCAAUGGCAACAGCUGCUCAAAGCUCAAUUUAGGAAAGAUAUCGCUGACCAACGUAUCAGAACGAAAGGACAAGAUGAGGCUGGGAAUGACGCUCGUGUCUAACCCUAAAGACAACAGCUUCGUGGCUUGCGGGCCGUUAUGGUCGUAUGAGUGUGGCAGCUCCUACUACAGCACUGGACUGUGCUCAAAAGUCAAUGCAAGCUUCAAGUUUUCCAGGACGAUUAUCCCUGCCUUUCAGAGAUGUGAAACCUUUAUGGACAUAGUGAUUGUUCUUGAUGGCUCCAACUCCAUCUAUCCCUGGUAUGAAGUGCAGGAUUUUCUCAUUAACAUUCUCCAGAAGUUCCACGUCGGACCAGGUCAAAUUCAGGUUGGAGUCGUCCAGUAUGGCGAGAAGGUGGUUCACGAAUUUAAACUCAGUGACUACAAAUCAGUGGAGGAGGUGGUAAAAAGGGCACGCAGCAUCGAUCAGCGCGGCGGAGAGGAGACCAACACGGCUCUCGGCAUCAGCACAGCGCGCUCACAAGCCUUCAAGCAAGGAGGUCGACGUGGCGCUAAGAAGGUAAUGAUUGUCAUCACUGAUGGAGAGUCACACGACAGCCCAGAUCUCCAGCAGGCCAUCGAAGACAGCGAGAAGGAUGGCAUCACUCGCUAUGCCAUUGCUGUACUUGGCUACUACAACCGCAGAGGAAUAAAUCCAGAGACCUUCCUUAAUGAAAUCAAGUACAUCGCCAGCGACCCCGAUGACAAGCACUUCUUUAAUGUGACAGACGAGUCGGCUCUGAAAGAUAUCGUUGACGCUCUCGGGGAGCGGAUCUUCAGCCUCGAAGGAACCAGUAAGAACGGGACGGCGUUUGGCCUCCAGAUGUCUCAGGCAGGUUUUUCCGCACACAACGUGGAGGAUGGGAUUUUGGUGGGUGCAGUUGGAGCUUACGACUGGAACGGAGCGGUGCUGAAGGAAACGCGACAGGGGAAGGUGAUCCCUCCAAAGUCAUCCUACACACAGGAGUUUCCUGAAGAGCUCAAAAACCAUGGUGCAUAUUUAGGGUAUACCGUAACAUCUGUGGUGUCAUCCAGAAAUGGCCGUCUGCUCGUGGCAGGAGCUCCACGAUUUAACCACACGGGCAAAGUCAUUAUCUUCACCCUGAAGAACACAGGGAACCUCACCAUCCUGCACUCACUCAAGGGCCACCAGAUCGGCUCCUACUACGGCAGUGAGAUUGCGCCGGUGGACAUCGAUGGAGACGGCAUAACCGACAACCUGUUGGUGGCAGCCCCCAUGUUCUUCAGUGCAGGCAUGGAAAAAGGGAAGGUCUACAUCUACAGAGUCACCGAGACGAAUCGUUUCGUCCCAGAAGGAGCGUUGGAGAUCCACAACGGCGGCCAGAACGCUCGCUUCGGCUCGUCUCUCGCUCCGGUCCCUGAUCUCAAUGGCGACGGCUUCAACGACCUGGUGGUGGGAGCUCCGCUGGAAGAUGACCACAAAGGCUCCAUUUACGUUUUUUUUAGCCAGCACAACAGAAUACUACGAAAAUACAAACAGAGAAUAGCAGCGGUAGAUCUGGCUCCGGGCCUGCAGUACUUUGGCCGCAGUAUCCAUGGCAACAUGGACAUGAACGACGAUGGUUUAGUGGACCUGGCAGUGGGUUCCCUCGGUGCUGCCGUUCUCCUCUGGUCAAGGAGUGUUGUGCGGAUAUACGCCAAUGUCAGGUUUGAGCCCAGCAAGGUGAAUAUCUUUGUGAAAGACUGUCAACGAGGUGGCAAAGACGUGACCUGCAUGUCAGCGAUCGUGUGCUUCAACAUCACUGCCAGGACGGCCAUUCCUCCCACGCAGGAAAUAGGGAUCAGGUAUAACGUCUCCAUUUUGGAGAGACGUUUCAACCCUCGGGCCGUGAUGGACCAGCCGAGCAAGAUGCAGCCUCAAAACCUGACGCUGCUUCCUGGAGGUGAAGCCUGCGAACACAUCUACUUCCACGUCAUGGAGACCACGGAUUAUGCAAGACCCAUAGUGUUCGCUGUGCAAGUAGGACUGGAAGAAACAGACCAGGGACCAGUUCUGGAUGACAGCUGGCCUGCUGUUGUGAAGACUGAGCUGCCUUUCUGGAAUGGCUGUGAUGAGGACGACCGCUGCAUGCCGGACCUGUCGCUGCAGAGCACCAACGACCUGAUGACUCGAAAACAGUUCUGUGCUCGUCCUGUGCAGUCUCGAGGCGUUUUCUGCCGCCAUCAGGGCGGAGCAGGGUCGGAAGGGUCGCUGCGGGUCGUUGAGGGAAGCAAGAGGAGGAUGGUGGUGGACGUCAAACUAGACAACAGAGGAGAGAACGCUUACAAUGCCCUGGUCAACAUCACAUACACGCCCAAUCUGCGCUUCUCUAGCCUCAUAGUGAAGGACACCUCGGAAAUCAAAAUCGACUGCAGCACAGAGGAGAAGAAGAGAAAUGAGAAGAUCUGCAACGUCAGCGCACCUUUCAUGCGAGCCAAAUCACAGGUGUUGUUUCGCCUGGAGUUCGAGUUCAGUCGUGCCGUCUUCCUGGACCACCUCAGAGUUCUGCUGGAGGCCACCAGCGACGGCGAAGAAGUGAACAGGGCUGAUAAUGUUAAUGACAUUUAUUACUCACUGAGCUAUGAGGGAGACCUUCUCUUCACCAGGGGCUCGAACCCGACGCGCUACGAGAUCAAACCAGAGCUCUCGCUGGAGGAGCCCGGAGUUAUCGGCCCUCCUUUCAACUUCACAUUCCAGAUUCAGAACCUUGGGUAUUUCCCGGUUAGAGAUCUGCAGCUAAACAUCGAGAUUCCAGAAAUGACAAAGAACGGGAACCAGCUCCUGCAGAUUUUUGACUUCUAUAUCGACGAGAGAGACGGCACGCGCUGCUUACCACCUCAGCACAUCGCGCUGAGCAGAGCUUCUCCAGAGGAUCUGUCCCGCUUCUCACGCUUGAACCAGUCCAACACGCUCAGCCUGCCAAUCCAGUGCACGGUCAAUAUAGCCUCCCACAGAGACAUCGGAGUUCGAAUCACCGGAGCGCUAAGGAUAGACACGUUACACGCACUGAAGUUUAAAGUCCUGGAACUGAUAACGAGUGCCUCGGUGGAGCUCCCCUCCGCCAGCCCCACGUUCCUACAUGAAGAAAAGCCUGUCAGACAUAUAAUCCUGGAGAUCAGGAAGGAGGGAGAUUACAGAAUCCCUACCUGGAUUAUUGUUGGCAGCACACUGGGAGGGCUCUUAUUGUUAGCUCUUCUCAGCCUGGCUCUGUGGAAGCUCGGCUUCUUCCGGAGACAGAAACGGAAAGACAAGGAGGAGCAGGAGGCCAACGGCAAAGUAGCCGAGGAGCGGUAACGCAGGCUGAGUGAGUCCUGCAGACGCCUUUCCCACAGGGGACGAGACACUCAGGGACCACCUCGACGCCCCCACACCCCUCUCCCACCUCGCCGCUCCCCGGCCCCGCAGUGGCUGUUCACACAGACAGGACGGCAUUAUCCGCUGAUGCAAGGCUUUAUUCAGUGCACUGGACCCGUCCCGCGUCCCCAGCCUCUCUGACCCUCGAGUCAGCACUGUCGCACUCACUCAGCAUUCUUGCACUGGUACAACAUCGGUCCCACUUUUUUUUUUUCUCCGUAUUCCACUGCCUGUGGUGUCGUCCCUCCACAGAUCUUGGAGCUGUGGUGGUAUUUUUCUUCCUGGCUUCCUUUAAAAAAAAAAAUGAAAAAAAAAACGAAUAGAACUGUUUAUAUUCAUUUGGUUCGACGUUUUUAUGGCUAUUUCUUAUUUGUGCGUAUUUAUUGUGCGAAGAAAAAAAAGUCUGUGCCUAAUAAAACACCUCAUGGGUGGCUCUCCACCCAACCAAUGCUGUCAAGGCAUUACACAGUAAUAAUCUGCAUUGUUUAGUUGUCAGAAUCUAUGAAAGAAGAAAUGAUAUGCACCAUGUUUAGCUUUCAGAUGCUUUUCUUUACUUCUAGAAAAGGACGCUCCCAAAUCCUACUUCCUCAAACACAAGAUGCUCUUUAAAGAAUUUCGAUGCACUUUUUUGUUUUUGACAUUGUACAAAAUUAACUUGAAGUUGUAAAUAAACAAGUACCUUUUUAAAUUCAAUUUCAGUAUUACAUUUUUUUUACGAUAUUUUCACAUUAUAUAUAGCAUUCCUUUUUUUAAGUUAAGCAAAAAAAAAAAGUGUGCUACAGAAUGAUCACAGUAUGAGACGGUUUCAUGCCUUUUAUUGUGCACUGCAUCAGAGCAAAAGGUGUGCAUGAAAUACUAACUUAUAAGCAGAUAUUACAAAUAGGAAUACAGAAGACGCAUAUGAAUCCAUGUGUUUCGUUGACGUGAUGUGGAAAGCUGUAAUGUGGUCAAAAAUUAAACGUGGUUGAUGUUUAUUUUUUUGUCUUGAUUGGUAAUAUAAUGAGUUUCUGACAGGAAAUGUUACCCUCACAUCAUUUCUGUUAUUAAAAGUUGUACCUGUUGCUGUACAAUUUGAAGGAAAAGCAAAGAAUAAAUUGUUGUGGAAAUGGA